CUUUUUUACGAUGUUCUUUCUGAGCUUGCAAUGUUAUCUUGUAUAUUACAGUCCAGAAAAACAACUCUAAUGCGUGCCCAGUCGGAGAUAAAUAGAACGAUUAGAAUUUUAGAAAGUCUGAAAGCUGAACCUGGGGAAAAAGAAAAGGAAAUUAUAGAAGCUAUUCAGAAAGGAAUUAACAAAGGUGUCAAUAUUACAAUGACAAAAUCAGGAGGGAUUAACAGGUUACAAUUUUUGCAAAAUUUAGUAGACAGAAUGCGUCAACGCUUAUUUGAUGACUCAAAAAAUAAAACAAUGCUAGAAGACAUUCAGGUAAUUGAUGAAGUGUUCAAAGUAGCAAUUAAUGAUGCAAAGGGAGAAGAUGAAGUUAAAAGAGUAUCACGGACAUUAGGUUUUUCUGAAUUUGAAAGUGUAGUUGACUUCCGUUCAAGAAAUGUUUUUUCUAGUUUCAUGAAAGCAUUAAAUAUACUCCCAACUUCAACAGCUGAUUGUGAACGAGGGUUUUCCGAUAUGAAUUUGACAAUAACUGAUUUAAGGACUAGCUUAAACAUUGAAAAUGUGUCAGAUUUGAUGUUCAUCUCUAUCAAUGGCCCUUCAAUUGCAGAUUUUAAUCCUAGACCUUAUAUUAAAAUUUGGUUAAGAGAUCACCGUUCUGCCGUUUCCACUCCUAGAGGUAAAGAAAGAAAAGAAAUAGACGACGAAAAUAAGAUGCAGAAAUUAUUUUUUAACAAUUUAUUUAAUUAAAUUUUUUAGUAUUUGUAUAUUUUCAUAUUUUAUUGACUUAUAAAGGU